UCACUCCUCUCCUGUGCGCAGUGACUGAUAGAAGCUCCGAGCUUCAGGCUGUGAAAUCUGAAAUUAUGGCCAAGGACAUGACUCUGCUGUGGGGCUCCGGCUCUCCUCCCUGCUGGAGGGUGAUGAUCGCUCUGGAGGAGAAGAACCUGCAGGGCUACAACCACAAACUGCUCUCCUUUGAGAAAAUGGAGCACAAGUCCCAAGAAGUGUUAGAUAUAAAUCCCAGGGGACAGCUUCCUUCUUUCAAACAUGGAGACGUCGCUGUGAAUGAAUCCUAUGCAGCCUGUUUCUACCUGGAGAGUCAGUUUAAGUCCCAGGGAAACAAACUGAUCCCAGACAGCCCAGCAGAACAAGCACUGAUGUACCAGCGCAUGUUUGAGGGUCUCACAUUCUACGAAAAACUCAAUGCUGUUAUCUACUAUAACUGGUUCAUCCCCGAGGGAGAGAGGCAUGACUCAGCUCUUCAGAGGAACAAGGAAUCUCUGGCCACUGAAAUCAAACUGUGGGAGGGUUACCUGCAGAAGCUGGGCUCAGGCGCUCACCUGGCAGGACCAUCCUUCUCACUGGCGGAUGUGACCGUUUUUCCAACUGUUGCUACUCUUUUCAGAUUUGGGUUAUCCGCAGAGUGUUACCCUCAUCUGGGAGAGUAUUACGCUCUGUUGAAGGAGAGACCCAGCGUCAAAGCAAGCUGGCCUCCUCAUUGGUUGGAGAACCCCAAGGGACAAGACACACUCAAAGACAUCUGAUAUCCACGUUCCCCUUUAAAGCCACGUCUGCCUGUUGUGUUGUAGUUUGGCUUCUAAGAGUUACUACAGCAGCACUUGAAUGCAUUUUGAGUCUUCCUGUAGGUUUCAACAUUUGUGCACAACUCAUAAUUUGUCAAAUAUGAUAUAGCUCUUCUAUUUUUCUGAAAAUGAAACACAGUGUUGAGAUAACCAUUAAAUACAUCAGCGUCACAAUGGCAGAAA